CAAUCCCUCUGCAAUUUUUAGUAUAUUCUCAACAGCUUCCGGCUCCACAAGUCCCAAACCAAAGAUCCGUCCCAUCAAAAACAUCUAACGGCGCAAAUUCCUCCCGGACCCAAACUCCCGGCACCGGCAACUUCCAAAAUCCGCCAUAACUAUUGCCAUUAACGUGGCUUGACAGUCAAACCCAGCCCACCACUUCCUUCCCACACCCCCAAAAUCAAUUUCUCUAAUUCUGAGCAGAAUCACUCACCCUAUGAAAUUGAAUCUCCCUCAGCUGUAAUCUCUACGCCACAGCACGUGGAUUUCCCCCUCUUCCCGCGCCACUAAAAUAUACAUACAAUCGAUACAUACACACCCCCUCUAACCACUUCGAAUCAUUUACUCCCUCUCUGCCCCUUCACGUUUUUUUUCCCCAAAUCAUAUUUCCCCUCCCGCAAGCUAAGAAUCUCCUCUACCUUUCAGCUCUCUGUAAUUAUUUUGGGGGAAAUUUCCACGCCGGCAGCUGCAAACCGCCGCAUUUCCGCCGGAAUCGCGUCUCCGGGAUUCGCCAUGGAAGCUUCAUUGUUUGAGGUAUUAACAUUUUAAGAAAUCGAAAAUGUCGAUGUUAAGGAUAAUCUGUAUUGUCAUUUUAGCGUUGGGAGUGAUCAGUGAGCCUGUUGAGGAUAAACAGGCAUUGCUCGAAUUCAUCAGCUACGUUAAUCAUUCGAGGAAUUUGAAUUGGGAUUUUAGAUCUUCAGCUUGUGAUCAAUGGACAGGAGUGACUUGCAAUCAUGAUCAUUCGAAAAUUAUAGCCGUUAGAUUGCCCGGAGUCGGGUUCCGGGGAAGAAUGCCGCCGAAUACGAUUAGUCGAUUGUCGGGAUUGCAGAUCUUGAGCUUGAGAUCCAAUGGCUUUACGGGUCCUUUUCCUAUGGACCUUUUGAAUCUCGCGAAUUUGACGGGACUUUAUCUCGAAUCGAAUCGAUUUCAGGGUCCCCUGCCGUUGGACUUUUCGAAUUGGCGAAAUCUCUCGGUGCUGAAUUUGUCGAAUAACGGUUUUAAUGGGAGCGUUUCGCCGUUGAUCGGGAAUUUGACUCAGCUGACAUUUCUUGAUCUUUCGAAGAAUUCGCUUUCCGGAGAGAUUCCCGAUUUCGACAUCCCGAGUUUGCAAGUUUUGGAUCUUUCGAACAACAAUUUCUCCGGGACCGUUCCGCCGUCCCUUAUGAGAUUUCCGCGGUCCGUCUUUUCGGGCAACAAUGUUUCGUUUUCGAAUUCGUCGUCGUCGCCGCCUCCGGUUACGUCUCCUACCGUAACCGUGGGUAGAAAACAUUCGAAGUUUAGUGAAUCCGCGAUUCUUGGCGUCGUAAUUGGUAGUUGCACGGUGGCGUUUAUUUCGAUUGCAUUGUUGUUGAUUUGCGCCAAUAGGAAGAGAAAGGGUCGAGACGGCGCGGCGACGAACGGUAAGAAGGAAAAGUCGACGAAAGGGAAGGCUUCCGAUCGGCAGAACGGGAACGGGAACGGGAGGCUAACGUUUUUCGAAGGGUGUAAUCUUGCAUUCGAUCUCGAGGACUUGUUGAGGGCUUCUGCGGAGGUGCUCGGGAAGGGCACGUUUGGGACUACAUAUAAGGCGGCGUUGGAAGACGCUACGACCGUUGCGGUGAAGAGAUUGCGGGAGGUCGUCGUCGGGAGGAAGGAUUUCGAUCAGCAGAUGGAGACCGUCGGGAAUAUUAGACACGAUAACGUCGCUCCGUUGAGAGCUUAUUACUAUUCCAAGGACGAAAAACUUAUGGUUUACGAUUAUUAUCAUAACGGAAGCUUGUCCGCAUUGCUCCACGCUAAACGAGGCGAAAACCGAAUUCCUUUCGACUGGGAAACACGGAUAAAAGUUGCGAUGGGAGCGGCGCGGGGAAUAGCUCAUAUCCACGCUCAAGGCGGCAAGAAACUCGUUCACGGAAACAUAAAAGCGUCGAACAUAUUCAUCAAUGCGCAAUUAUCCGCGUGCGUAUCCGAUCUGGGUCUAGCAACGUUGAUGAGCACAACGUCCUCGCAAGCGACGCGAGUGCCAGGAUACCGAGCGCCGGAGGUGACAGACACCCGAAAAGCGUCGCAGGCAUCGGACGUCUACAGCUUCGGAGUCGUCCUACUCGAGCUUCUAACGGGGAAGUCCCCCGUCCAGACGUCAUCGGGAAACGGCGAAGUUGAGCUCGUCCAUCUCGUGCGGUGGGUGCAAUCCGUCGUGCGUGAGGAAUGGACGGGCGAAGUUUUCGACGUCGAGCUGCUGCGGUACGCCAACAUCGAGGAGGAAAUGGUGGCGAUGCUGCAGAUCGGGCUGAGCUGCGUGUCGAGGAUGCCGGAGCAGCGACCGAAAAUGGCUGAAGUGGCGAGGAUGCUCGAUGACAUCCGGAACGGCAGCGGGAGUCAGACGCAUACAUUGAACAGCCCGUCGGGUUUGACGCCGGCGGCGGCAGCUACACAGGUAUGUGAGGCUGGACCGUCGACUUCUACGGUUGCUAAUUGAUUCGACCAUCGUUGUCGUAUUCUUACACUAGAUUAAGAAUUUCGGACAUAGUUAUCGAAUAUUGAUUGCUGGGUUUCUUUCGGUGUUAAAGUAAAAUGUGCGCUUUCUUAUUGUUGUCGAUCGGUUAAGUUUGCAUUUUGCUUUUGUUGAGUCGGGCUUUGUUGCGGGUUGUUUAGCGAUCUCUUGAACAACAUGAAAAUUCGACUCGAUUUUUUUUUUUUUGAAAUUAUAGAAG